GGAGAAGAAAGUUCUGGGUUCUCACCCCAAGCUGCAUGGUGAGCGCGCAUGAGCUGAAGUGACCUGUACGUCUCACCUUUGGAAAGGAACCAUGGUAGGCUCAGGCCUCCUGUGGCUGGCCUUGGCCUCCUGCAUUCUGACCCUGGCAUCUGCGGUGCACCAAGACUACAGAAAGCCCAGAGAAACCAGUUCCUAUAAGCUGGAUGUGGUAUGUGGGGCCCCUGGCACCCCGGAGGCCGAUCUCUGUUUUGACCCCUGCCAGAAUUACACCCUGCUGAAUGACCCCUCUCGCAGCUCUGAGAACACAGAGGGAACCUUGAUGUGUGACCAGGACCUCCAUGGCUGGUACCGUUUUGUGGGUGAAGGAGGAAUCAGGAUGCCGGAGACCUGUGUCCCAGUCUAUCGAUGCCAGACCUCCGCUCCUAUGUGGCUGGAUGGACCCCACCCUGUGUCAGGUGAUGGCAUCGUCAACCGUACUGCCUGUGCCCACUGGAGCGAAAACUGCUGUUUCUGGCAGUCGGUGGUGCUGGUGAAGGCCUGCCCGGAAGGGUACCACGUGUACGGCUUUGAGGGCACCCCAGAUUGCUACCUGAGAUACUGCACAGACCCCUCCACUGGCGAGGUGGAGGGCGAGUGUGAGGAGGAGUGUCGUCCUGAGGAGGAGUGCCUGGCUCAAGAUGGCAUCGGUCACUGUGUCUGCAGACAGGACCUCAGUGUCUCUGAUGUUCACAGUUUGCAGCCUCAGCUGGACUGCGGGGCCGAGGAGAUCAAGGUGAAGCUGGAUAAAUGUUUGCUGGGAGCCCUGGGCUUUGGGGAGGAGGUCAUUGUCUACCUGAAAGACCGGAACUGCAGCAGUGUGAUGCAGACAGAGGAUGGAAACUGGGUGUCCACAACCAGCCCUGUCCAGGCCAGUGCCUGUGGGAACAUUCUGGAGAGAAAUGGAACCCAUGCCAUUUACAAGAACACCCUCUCCUUGGCCAGCGACUUUAUCAUCCGGGACUUUCUCGUCAACAUCAACUUCCAGUGUGCCUACCCCUUGGAUAUGAAGGUCAGCCUCCAAACCGCGCUUCAGCCCAUUGUCAGUUCCCUGAAUGUUAGUGUGGAUGCGGGGGGAGAGUUCACAGUCAGGAUGGCACUCUUCCAAGACCAGAGCUACACGCUUCCUUACGAAGGGGUCAAAGUGGUGCUGCCGGUGGAAUCCAUGCUGUACGUGGGCGCCAUCUUGGAGCAAGGAGACACCUCCAGGUUUAAUCUGUUGUUGAGGAACUGCUAUGCCACUCCCACAGAAGACAAGGAUGACCCUGUGAAGUACUUCAUCAUCCGAAACAGCUGCCCAAAUCAACAUGAUUCCACUAUUAGCGUGGUGGAAAAUGGGAUAUCUGCGCAAAGCCGGUUCUCUGUUCAGAUGUUCAUGUUUGCUGGAAAUUACGACCUUGUUUUCCUGCAUUGUGAGGUCCAUCUCUGCGAUUCCCUUCAUGAACAGUGCCAACCUUCCUGCUCAAGAAGUCAACUCCGGAGUGAAGUGGCAGCCAUUGACCUAGCCCAGGUUCUAGACUUGGGACCCAUCACCAAGAGAGGUGCCCAAACCCUUGGAGUCAUGAGUGGAGCCCCUAGCAUGGCAGGGUUCCUGGCAGCCUGGCCUGGCCUCCUCCUUCCUGUCCUGCUGGCUUGGCUGUUCUGAGAACCAGGCUGGGCAUCUCGGGCCUGGAAGUCUGUGCUCUUCCCUUCCUAGUGAUGGCUUCUGAUCACCUUCAGCACAGCUGGGUGGCUAACACAUCACAGGGGGAGACACAAGGCAGGCCUAGGAGUUGGGGGGAAGGGGAGCAUGUUCACCUCCUGUAAUGUAUGAGAACAUCUUGUCUGCCUCCUUGGGGAAGAUGGUUCUGGACUGGCCUUCUCCUCUUCUCAUUCAUCUGUGGGACUUGGAAAGCAAAUCCUGUGGCUCCGAGUAGAAAGAUGUGUCCCAUCGUGGUGGGGGUGGGAAGGGCCCUUCCUUUGAUCCUUCACACAUGUCUUCUCUCCUGGCUGCUUAUGAA